AUGUUUGCUGGAUGUGGUAGGCAGGAAGACUAUGAUGUCCUCACCAAGUUGGGUGAAGGGACCUUCGGUGAGGUUCACAAAGCUGUACAUCGAGAGAAGGGCACCGCCGUUGCGCUGAAGCGCAUUUUGAUGCACAACGAGAAGGAGGGCAUGCCGGUGACCGCGCUGCGCGAGAUCAAGAUACUGAAGGCACUCCAUCACCCAUGCAUCAUUGACAUCCUGGAUAUGUUUAUACUCAAAAGUCAGGGUAAGGACUCACCGCUGUCGGUGUAUAUGGUGUUCCCCUACAUGGACCACGACCUCGCCGGACUACUUGAGAAUGAGCGCGUCAAGCUGUCCCCGAGUCAGAUCAAGCUCUAUAUGAAGCAGCUUCUCGAAGGAACGGAGUACAUGCAUCGCAACCAUAUACUCCAUCGAGAUAUGAAAGCGGCCAACUUGCUCAUUUCGAAUACUGGAUCGCUGAAGAUCGCCGACUUCGGCCUUGCGCGCGCGUACGACCCGAGUAUCGUUGACGUCAAAGAAGACUUCCGCGGCAAAGAGCGGAAAUACACUAACUGUGUCGUCACCCGAUGGUACCGUCCACCGGAGCUACUUCUUGGCGCUAGACAGUACGGCGGUGAAGUGGAUAUGUGGGGUAUAGGUUGUGUAUUGGGGGAGAUGUUCUCUCGGAAACCCAUACUACCCGGGUCGUCGGACCUGGAUCAGCUAGACAAGAUAUGGCAACUAUGUGGUACGCCUAACGAGCGUUCAUGGCCUGGCUUCGACACCUUGCCUGGCUGUGAGGGCGUCAAGCGCUUUAGCAACUAUCCAAGACGGCUCAGGAACUUCUAUGAAAUGAUCGGUCCUGAGACGGUGGAUUUACUCGACAAGCUCCUGACCUGCAAUCCUCGAGAGCGUAUCAACGCUGAGGAAGCGUUGGACCAUGACUAUUUCUGGACAGACCCAUUGCCGGCAGACCCUAAAACUCUACCCCGGUAUGAGGCGUCGCAUGAGUUCGACAAACGUGGAAGGCGCAACCAGGCCCCAAUAGGUCCGCCUGGAAUGCCACAACCUAUGGACGGACACCCCCGACCGCUACCCAUGCCAUUGGCACACGGUCCACCGAUGCAUAUGAACAACCGCCGCCCGCCGCCACCUAGGGAAGCGUUCCGCAAUGGACCACCCCCUCAACAUUAUGGCGGUCCGAGCCAAGGUCCUCCCCCAGCCCCAUACCCCCCAUACCCUCCCGCUGGCUAUGGACCUCCUCCACAUCGCUAUCCUGGACCAAUGCCCCCCGUUCAAAACACAGCUCCGAUAUACUUGCGCCCGGGCCAACCGCCACCCCAAAUUGCGCCGUGGCAGCAGCCCGGACCCCGGCCAGCACACCUACCGCCCCGCCCGCCUGUGCCCAUGAACCGUGCGCCGGGCGGAUUCCCCAACAAUGGGAAUCCCAACUACAACGGCGGCCCCACCCAACUAAACUACGGUUGAGUAAUAUAGAGUACCUACUACAUUUUGCUUUCCCCUUCCCCCGUUUUCGCGCACAUGUCAUUAACAGCAUUCAUCUUAUUCUCCGAGCCGCAUGCACAUUCAUAUCCUGUUCUGUUGUCACUGUUGCAAGCUGUCGUGGUUGUUGUCGGACUUCACUGCAAUUAUCGUACCGUACUCGUUGGCUCCACGUGCCAUCACUCAUAACGCAUCCAUAUUGUGAAUCGUGCAGAGAUAUUGUCGCG